GGCACCUGCAGCUGGCAGCGGAGCAGCGGUGGAGGAGUCGUGCGACUCGGGACUCCCCAAAAGACAAUUUCCGACCUGGUUCCUGAGGUUCCCCCUGUUCCCGCUUCAGCCCCGAGGAGGAAAGCGCCUAGUCCCCGUCCCUUUUCAGCAUUCUACGUCUUUCCCGCUCGUCUCCCCAGUAUGGCCUGAAACAGGAGAGCCUGUCGCAGCUCUGCCUUUGUAGUCGCGGGCUGGAGUGAAACCGCCUGAAGAAGGGCUCGUCCGUCUCCUGGGACCCAGCCGCCCCAGGCCUUCAGGAUUAGGCUGCCUGUCUUAGAGAGAGCUUGGAACCCCGUCAGUCAGCUAGGCGGGCGUUCCUUUUCCCACCGCCCAGGCGAAGACUCGGCCCUGCACCGACAACCGCGCCUGAAGGUCCCGGCCCGGACGAAGUCUUCGGAGCCACGGCUUCCCCUGGUUGUAGGCUGUUUUCUGCCUUUUCGCCUUAUGUUCAUCAUGCGGAACCUUAAUUCCCGAUGAAGCUCUGGAGGCCUUUUGUAUCUUCAGCCUCAGACGUCAUCAAGUCAGUUACUUUCUGCCUUUGCAGCUACAACCUCAUCCAUUUCUCUCAUCACCCAGAGUGCCAGUUUUCUCAUCCUGCUCAUUCCACAGCCAUUUUCACCCUUUCUUGUCCACGCUGCGCGUCACUGAAUGUCCAUUCGUCUCCACCACCUCUGCCAUCUAUAGACCACCUCCCUCUGCUUUCCUACUACAAUGCUUUGGGUAGCUAACUAUUCCACAUUCUGCAGCUCUGGGAUCAUUUGGAAGAUUUUCUCUGUUUCUCUGCACUGUGGCAAGCUUCCUGUCUUGGGUAAACUAGAGACUAACAUGGAGAAGCGCACAUUGAUAGAUCUGGAGCUUCACAGAGAUGGAUUAUUAUUUAAUGCUAACAAUCCCAUGAGAAUGAAGACAGGCUGAGCACUGCUACCAGAAAUUUAGAAGAGCUUACAGUGAAGCACACGGAAGCAAUGAAAGAAUUAAGAAAUUCAGAUUGCUUGGAAAUCACUCUGCUGUGUUUCAUCAUCUCAGCUCAGAUGGAAAAGUAUGCAAACCAUGUCCAUACCUUAACAGAGGAAAGAGAAACAUUGUCUCACGGUUGUGAAAAGGAAAACAAACAGUUUAGACAUGAGGUUAAAGUGCUCCAACCGAAACAGGAAGUGCAAAUAAAAGAGGUUGAAGAAAUGUUGUAUCAAGAGGGCUUAUCUGAAAUAGCUCUGAGCAGCCCCAGUGAACAGAUUGCAUACUUACUGGUAGAAAGAAGUACACUCUUGCAGAAACUGGAAGCCCGGGGCCCAAAGCCAGAGUCACAAAGGUGUAUGACCAGUAAAUUCCUGAAAGAACAUCCCCAGGAAAACUUUGAACAAAACCACCAGCCUUUGCGGAGAGAACAGGAGAAACAUCAGGAACAUGUGCAGCAGUCUAAAAAAAAUCUGAGAGAGUCCCACAAUGAAGACCUGGAAAAAGAUAAAACAUCACAAAACUGCCUAGAGAGAAAUGCAGAACAAGUAGCAGAGAGGUUGGGGAUGGCCCAAGAAGAAAUCCGAAGGCUCACUGAUGAGCUACAAGGGAAGGAGAAAGAACAGAGUAAAUUAGACUCUGCACUUAAGAAGGCUCAACUAGAAAUAGAACACUUGAAAGAAAAUUUGAUAAAGCUGAAAGAGAAUGAUUCAAUUGACCUACAGAAAGCAAAGGAACAUAAUCAGAGACUGGAUGAAGAAAUUCUGGCUUUAAGAAAUCGGGUUCGAUCACUUGACUCAGAAAAAAAAGCGCUUGGAGAAGUAGUUGAAAGGCUCAAAGGAAAGAUUCAUGAAUCUCAAGAGAAUAAGCAACUUGGAAACCACUCCCCUGGGAAAACUGUGGGUGCUGAACAGAGAGAACAGUAUCCAUCAUCUGGAGAAAAACAGAAAUACCAGCAGCAAGAGGAUGUACAACAGCUUCGCCAGAAUUUACACCGGCUCCAGAUUCUGUGCAGCUCAGCCGAAAAAGAGCUCCGGUAUGAGCGAGGAAAGAAUUUGGACUUAAAGCAGCAUAAUAGCUUACUUCAGGAAGAAAGCAUUAAGAUCAAAAUUGAACUAAAGCAGGCCCAGCAGAAGUUAUUAGAGGGUACAAAGAUGUGCUCUUCACUCACGGCAGAAUGGAAGCACGGUCAGCAGAAAAUCAGGGAACUGGAGCUGGAGGUACUUAAACAGGAUCAGAGCAUUAAAUCACAGGACAACCUGAAGGAAAAGCUGGCUCAAGAGAAAUCAAAAGUCGCUGAUGCAGAGGAAAAGAUUUUGGAUCUGCAGCAGAAAUUAGAACAUGCUCAUAAAGUCUAUCUCACAGACACUUGUAUUUCGGGACAGAAGCAACUAGAGGAAAGGAUAAAGGAAGCACUAGAAAAUGAAGCUAAGACAAAGCAACUAUAUGAGGAGGAACAACAGAAGAGGAAACUCAUAGAUCAGAAUGUAAAUGAGCUACAAAAGCAAGUGAGAAUCUUACAAGAUAAAGGGAAUCAACUGGAAAUAACCAGUUCUCAGCAACAAUCCAGAAUUCAGCAACAGGAGGCCAAACUUAAAAAAUACUUGGAAAACAAGAAAGAAAAAUCGGAUGAGCAUCUCAAGAGCAACGGAGAACUGUCGGAAAAGCUGUCCAAGUUGCAGCAAGAGAAGGAAGCACUGCGUAAAGAAUAUGCGCAACUUCUGAAGCAGAUGGAUGCCCAUAUGAGAAACUUCAAUGAGAAGCAUCACCACCACAAAGUCAAGCUUCGCCGAGUCAAGAACCUUUUACUUCAGGAAGUAGAACUGCGAGACAAGAGAAUUGAGCAUUUGGAAAAUGAAGUCAGAAUCCUGCAGCACCAAGUGGAAAAGGAGAAGGCAUUCCAGGACAAGAUCAUUGCUCAAAAUGAUUUACUGCUCCUAGAGAAAAGGAGCCUUCUGGAAAAACUCACAGAGAAAGAAGAAUUGAUCAACAGCAAUAAAGGGGUAAUAUCUUCAGUCCAGAACAAAGUACUUCUCCUGGACAAAGAAAAUAAGCAUUUGCAGGAAACCAGUCUCUGGCUCAAACACCAGGUUGGCUUCUUAGAGAGUAUCAUAAAGAACAUCCAGAUUAGCAGAAAAGAGGAGACAAAAAUUAGUAACAUCCCUGAAUUUGAAGUAUUUUAUAAAAUCUUGCCCCUUCCAAACUCCAGUUUUUCAGGAACAGGUUUGGUAGAGUCAGAUGGAAGUCUUCAAGGGCUUGAAGAAAAUAAGUCAGAAGAAGCAACGCCAAACCCCAAGUCCUCCAAGUCUCUUUCAUGUUCACAGAAUUCUAAAGCUGGAUAUGUAAAUGUGCCUUUUCUUAAAGAGACACAUUGCAUCGUAGAACAAGACGAGAAGUCAGAGCUAUAAAAUCAUUGGUGGCUAAACUAGGCUGAUCAAAGCUGCUAACUUAAAGCUUGGGCAUGAAGGUGGAACAUGACAUGGAGAACAGUUACCACAGAUCCUCAUGGGACAUCAACCAGGAGCCUUCAGUAUUACUGAUAAAUUCAUUAAACCAGUUGUAAAAAUGGA